AUGGUUCAUAUUAGUCCGAAUGCAAGAUGGUCAACAAAUGGUAUCACUAUUGCUGGAGGAAAUGGACAGGGUAGUGAAACUAAUCAAUUCAAUCAUCCAUGGGGUUUGUACGUCGAUGAUAACCAAACGGUAUAUGUCGCCGAUACAUAUAAUCAUCGUAUUCUGGAAUGGAAGUCUGGUGCAACGAAUGGCACAGUAAUUGCUGGUGGAAAUGAACAAGAGAAUGAAGCUCAUCAAUUAAAUUACCCACAAGAUGUGAUUAUCGAUAAAGAGAGCGAUAGUCUCAUCAUCUCUGAUCACAGUAAUAAAAGAGUAGUCCGAUGGCUUCGUCGAAACGAUACUCGUGGAGAAACAAUCAUUUCGAAUAUCUCUUGCAUUGGUUUGACAAUGGAUGACAAUGGUUUUCUCCAUGUUGUUGACUAUGAUAAACAUGUAGUUCGACGAUAUAAAAUUGGUAACACUCGGGGAACUGUAGUUGCAGGCGGCAAUGGACAAGGAUGUCGUCUCGAUCAACUCUCUCAUCCCUUCUAUGUAUUUGUUGAUCAAGAUCAUUCACUUUAUGUAUCCGAAUAUGGAAAUCAUCGUGUAAUGAAAUGGGAAAAAGGUGCAAAACAAGGCAUUGUCGUAGCCGGUGGUCAAGGAGAAGGAAAUAGUCUUACACAAUUAGCAUAUCCUAAAGGAGUCGUGGUCGAUCAAUUGGGUACUGUCUAUGUGGCUGAUGAUGUGAAUCAUCGAAUCAUGCGUUGGCCAAAAGGAGCCACACAAGGAAGUGUCAUUAUUGGUGGAAACGGUGAAGGAGCACAGUCGAAUCAACUGAAUGAACCCGUAGGUUUAUCAUUCGAUCGAUAUGGCAACCUUUAUGUCGUCGAAAACGGAAAUCAUCGAGUACAAAAAUUUAAUAUCGAACAAACUCAAUUCAGAUGA